AUGUUGCAGCGGAAGUUCGCCAUAGACCCCGGGAAGAUGGACGAAGAAAAAAGGGGGAUAACUCUGAACAUCCCGCAAGAGGUCAAAAUAACCUUUUCAGCCUCACCCCAGAAACAACAAGAAAAGUCACCCGCUGACGGUAGCCAAACAGAUACCUCGCUCUCAUCUUCAGCAUCCCUCCACACCGCUACCGGUACCACCAACCAACCAACAUUCAACCAACAUCCAACAAUCAACGAAAUGACGACGGUGCCCCCACCACCACCUUCGAGUCCUCUCUCCUUCCCACCUGCAACCUUCCAAAAACUCGCGCCAAAGACCUUCCUGGAAAGGCAUUUACAAUCCACUCCUGCAACCCGCCCUUCAGGUCGCAGUUCUGACGCCUUCCGAAAACCUUCCCUGCACACGAACUCGCUUUCGCACGCUCACGGGUCGGCGGUCAUCCGGACGGGGGAUACGGCGGUGGUUUGUGGUGUUCGCGGGGAGGUAUUAUCGCUGACAGCGGGGUCUGGGGGUAGGAUUGUUGUCCUGCGGAGCGGGGAGGACGGCAGGAGGAAGGAUGAGGAGGGGGAGGGAGAUGAAGUUCGGGAGAGGGGUUUGGUGGUUACUAAUUUGGAGAUGGGUUUGUUCCCUCCUAUCCAUCUAUCUGCCGCCGAGUAUCUAUGGUACUAAUUUAUGAGUAGGAACCGGUUGCUCGAGGGAUUACCACCCAGGUCCUCCUACGGACUUUGCUCAGGCUGUUACCGCGAGGUUGCACCGUUUGCUGCUCGCCAAUAAACUCAUCCCAUUGCGGCCCCUACGCAUCCUUGAUCCCAACACCGAGGAGGUAAAAGCGUACUGGGUGCUCUACAUUGACGUCGUCGUCAUCUCCCUGGAUGGUAACGUCCUCGACGCGGCCUGGGCUUCCAUCCUCGCCGCUCUCCACUCUACAAAACUACCGCAAGCCUAUUGGGAUCAGGACACCGAGGGCGUUAUCUGCUAUCCGGAGGUCUCGAGAUACAAGCCGCUCGAAGUCAGGGGAUUGGCAUUCACUGCGUCGUUCGCAGUCAUUGACUUGGGUGCGGAGAAGGGCGGGAAGGUGAUAUUGAGUGAUCCGGACGAAUUCGAGGAAGGGGUUUGUGAGGAGCGGAUUAUGGUUUGUGCUCUCGAGGGGGAGAAGGUCGGGUGGAUCGAGAAGGGAGGUGGAAUUGGGCAGGUUGCAGAGGUGAUUGAGUGUGUGCACCGGGCGACCGAGAGGUUUAGAGUCUGGGAGCAAUUGUUUGCAGAAGUGUUGGGGAGCCGUGGGUGAUCGCUCCAUGUCACAAAUGAAUAGAAACAUCUCCCAAAUGUUAGGCACUAUAAUCAUUCGUGUACAGUACAAAAAGGGUUCUCAUCAUCCCUUCCUCCGC